AUGGUCGACUGUGUGCGCUUGAACUGCAAUGGCGACAUUAUCAUGAACGGGCGUGCUAGAUGCGAAAUCAUCAGCCUUCCCAAAUUCCACGCCAUCUUUCGACAGAACGCUACUCCUACCUCCAUGCGCAUGAAGCUACCCAUCACAGUGGCGAGUAUUCCGGGAAGUGUGGAAAUCUGGGAUUCGAAUAAUCCAGAUUUGGCAUAUUUCAGCGCUAACCACAACGAAGCUGCUGACGCUCUCAACGUGGGUUGCGAUGAAAACGAUUAUGCUUGCUGGGGCUUUUCACCGCUUACUUGGGAUGAUUCUCAGGGUUCCUGCAUUGUGGCACGCAAAGACAAGAAGCCGCUUCAUCCUGACCAUGUUGCUGCACUCGCCGAGUACUGCUCUGAUCAUCUCACGCCUAUCUUCCAGAUGCAGAUAGAGAGCGAGGCGUUUCAUUGGAUAGAUGGACAGAUUUAUUUCAUCAGUAAGCAGAGCGUGCUUGAUGAGAUCACCAAGGACAAGUUUGAGGAGUUCUUCCGGGCAUGGAAGGCGAGGCAGACUCACCCGGGGACGCGUCAGCGCAUCAGUCCCUACGAUGUUUAG